CGCAAUUUGAUAUAACGGUAAGAGCAUUGCCGUUGUUUGCUUCCUACCUGUAUGUGCCUUCUUUUUGAUGUAUCUUAUCUCACAGUAAUAUCGUUCUAGCCCCUCUGCUGCUGGCCGGGAUAUGCUACCUAACCUAAUGUACUAAUAAGCUAAUCAGGACAUAAAUAUUCUCUCUUUCUCUUCUCUUCAUCUGCAGAAGGACAGAAUAAGAGCAGAAAAAAAAAAGGCCUCAUAAAGUCUAAUUGAGGCUGAAGCCUAUAAUAUCCGAUUGAAGAACAUAAUUUAAGAAUCUGUCAAUAUGUUGCUUAACUAAAGAAAUUUAUUUUCCGCUCGGCUAAGACCACUAGCACAAAGCCAAGUCGUUUUUCGCUGUCUUUAUUCACUAUUCCUGUUAUCCAAUUCGUUAGAAUUUUCCUUGGAAAAUUAUAGGACGACGACGGGGGGUUUGGCAAUGCGCAGCCUCCGAUCACUUCUACCACCAUUAAAUUUUAUCACUAUACAUUAUGUAUACUUUAUUAUUGUCCCUCUAAUAUCAUCUGUGGUGUUCUGGGGCUCGUCGAACCCCAGAUCCAGCAUCAGUUAUGUCGACAGUUUAUUCCUGGUCACCUCUGCCAUGACAGAGGCUGGCCUAAAUACUGUCAAUCUCAGUCAGAUGACCACUUGGCAGCAGGUACUUCUCUGGCUUUUGAUCAUCAUCGGCUCUUCCAUUUGGGUGUCCAUUUGGACUGUCUUGGUACGCAAACAUGCCUUCGAAGCGCGAUUCGAAGAGAUCGUGCGUAAGGAGCGUAAACGCAGUCUUCAGCGGCGGAAUACGAGUUUAAAUCUCCUCCCCAUCACACACCGGCUUAGGUCCUUGGGUAGGAGCAGGACAGUCCAGGACAGCGGUGAAGGAGGUCCUUUGGAGCAGCGCCCAGCCAUCAAUCUACCCGUCAUAUCCCGUCCAAGUGAUAGAAGAUUGGUCUCUGCUAUUGUACCUCCGCACCAGGAGUCUGUAGUCCAUACCGACGGUUCCUUCGCCCGCCCACACAGCGUGGCCACGGCAGAGGAUGUUGCGCCAGCUUCCGGCGCUGUAGGUACUGAAGAAGGAAAUACGGGGGCUUUAACCGCUACUGAUCACGUCCUUUUCGCCGACGAUCUUCGUUCUGGAGCUAGGUCGACGUCUAUCGCCCCUAGCGGUACCACUGCGCAAAGACACCUAUCCAGCACCGAUACGGCUGUUAAUCCUCACAGCUACCUAAAGGGAGAUAAAGUCGGGCGCAAUGGCCAAUUUCACGGCCUGACAAGAGAGGAACGCGAGGAGCUUGGUGGGACCGAAUACCGAGCUCUAAAACUUCUUUCUAUUGUCGUCCCGUUGUAUUUCUUUCUCUGGCAGUUUUUCGGAUGCAUCUCGCUCGGCGCGUGGAUUGCUAACAACUUGCCGGGACCUGCCUUGGAGAAUGCCAUUUCGCCCUGGUGGAAUGGCAUUUUCAACGGCGUAUCUGCUUUUAACAAUAGCGGCAUGAGCGUGUUAGAUGCAAACAUGAUUCCUUACGGAAGCUCGUAUUUCGUACUCAUCGUUAUGGGUGUAAUGAUUCUCGCUGGCAAUACAGCGUAUCCCGUCUUCCUACGAUUGAUUUUGUGGAGUAGCUUAAAGAUGUUGAAGUGGGCAACCUAUGACGAUGAUAUGGUAGAGUGGAAGGAGACGAUUGGGUAUAUUCUCAAAUACCCUCGUCGUGUCUAUACCAACCUUUUUCCAUCACGUCAGACCUACUGGCUUGUUUUCAUGCUCUUCGUGCUUAACGGUACUGAUUGGGUGGCAUUUGAGGUUCUCAAUCUUGGCAAUUCUACUCUUGAGCAAACCCCUCUCGGGUCUCGCAUUAUCGAUGGACUCUUUCAAGCCCUUGCUGUCCGUUCAGGUGGCUUUUACGUUGUAUCCAUCCCGACUCUGUUCAUUGGCCUCCAGGUGCUUUAUGUCAUCAUGAUGUAUAUUUCAGUGUAUCCCGUUGUGAUAACAAUGAGGCAUUCCAAUGUCUAUGAAGAACGAUCAUUAGGGAUCUACGGGGAAGAUCCGAUCUAUAACGAUGCUUUGACUCGUCCUGUCUCGCGCGGCCAGUCGAGUAGUAAGUCCCGGUCUCUGAGUCGGAUGGUCCGCGUCGCGUUUGCAGAAUGGUACGGAGUUGGGGCUGCGCCGAACCAGCUAGAAAGUCGGAUUAGCUUUAUCAGCCACCAAAUUCGUGGACAGCUCUCUCACGAUCUGUGGUGGCUUGUUUUGGCCGUCCUGGUGAUUAUGAUCAUCGAAACUAAGCAUUUCCUUGAGGACCCGAUCACCUAUUCGGUAUUCAACGUCGUCUUCGAAGUAGUCUCCGCUUACGGAUGCGUGGGCAUCAGCAUUGGAUCGCCAAACGAAGCAUACAGCUUCAGCGGUGGACUUUAUCCCGGGAGCAAGCUAGUCCUUUGCGCUGUUAUGAUAAGAGGUCGACACCGCGGCUUACCGGUUGCGCUUGAUCGCGCCGUUAGACUUCCUAGCGACGAUAUGCAUAUGGUCGAAGAGGAAGAUCAUCUUCGUAGGUCCAUGUCGGUAAGGCGACCGAGUCUUGACGACAUGGGGGUAUGAUUUGAUGGCCGCCACCGAUCAAUGUGGAUGUGGGUCCGCAGGUCGUUGCUCUGCCUUUUUGAGUGAAUAGCUGCUUCACCAAAGAUUCAACGUAGCAAGUUGGAUAUCUCUCACAUACUAUAGUAAUCUAGUAGUAGCGGGCUUCUACCCUCUCUAGGUUAAAUCAGUCAUAUCCAAUGUGAGUCCCGUAGCCUCCCGCAUCAUAUACCUCAUAAGCAGAAGCAAUUAUGUAGAAAAGAGAUUGAUGGCACCUCUAUAACUGGAUACGAAUUACAUUAUCCGAUC